UGGCAGGUGUCAUGGUGGCAAGAAGGGAUCCAAGCGGAGAUUGAGCAACUGAGCGCCCUAUUAUGCUACCCUACUCCUACCGUACACUUCUACGGUAGAGUGCCAGACGCAUACCUCCCACCCGGGCAAGAUUGGUUUUUAAAAAGCCGAAGACCGACCAUGGCCACAACCGCUUCGACAGCGAUCGACGGCACCACCCUCCCUCUGAUACUCAGGUAGGCAGCAUCAAACGCCACCACAACAAAGGAGGUUCGUCCUUGAAUCCCAAUAGAUCCAAUACUACUGUACUGUACAUUAUACCGGUAGGAUCAGCUAGCUACGGUAGCGAUGGCCUCAUCCAAAGCCGCGGGGUAUACAACUCGCAAACUGUACCAGACGUAUCCAGCUCUGCGACGAGAGGUCAACAAGGUGCAACAAGAGAUCUUUGGCUAUUUUCCCAACUUGGGUGUUCGAACGGGCCACCAGAAAACAAAAAAGUCACUCCAAGGGGUCUACCUGAAUCGAUAUUAUGAUGAACCCAUUGACAAAUACGCAAGAAAGGCCCACCCUGAGGGAUUCAUGACAGAGUUGCAAGAGAGAAGACACGUCAAGCGAGAGUUCAUGAGAAGAAAGGGCAAAGGACCACCCAAAAAGGGAUCUGGAAAGAGAUCCAAGAAAUAGAAGCUUGCAACAACAAUGUAGGAAAUCAGCCUGGCCCCGGCUGGCUUCCGUAGAUAAUUUCCCUACUCUAAACCCCCAUUACUUCUACUGGAGGUAGCCCGACCCCCCAAGUAAUACUGGUACUGUAGUAGACUCCUGCCCU